GGUGCCGGAAGUAGUCGGGGAGGGCCGCGCAGUCGGACCGGCUGCUGAGACGAACGCUACAUUGGGGCAGUCUCCGCAUAUCAUGGGGAGAUAGACGCUGCUGCCUGUGAGUCUUGGGCCCUGGCAGUUGAGGAACAAGAGCGGGAGGAGGGAGUCAGGACCCAGACCUACAGUGGGUCACUGUUGGAAGGUCCAGGUUGUGAACGAGAUGGGGCUGUGAGGAUUCAGGCUCUCGGGAAGGGACCGACUGAGAGGAUCUGGCUCGGAGAAGACGCGGCUGUGGGGACCCGGGCUCUAGACAGGGCUUAGGGAACGGGAAUGGAUGUGAGUUCUCCAGCAUCUCAGGGAAAGCGGUCUGAGAGGAACAGGGUUAUGAGAACCCGCACUCCUAAGAGGAGCGGGUCGGAGAGGAAUGGGGCGUGAAGACGGGCUCCGGAGAGUUAAUUGGCCUUGGUCCUCACAGCUCCAAAAAGAAACAGGAUCUCGAUAAGCUCUAUGAGCUGAAGUCCAAAGCUCGGCAGAUUAUGAACCAGUUUGGCCCCUCAACCCUAAUCAACCUCUCCAAUUUCUCAUCCAUAAAACCGGAACCAGCCAGCACCCCUCCACAAGGCUCCAUGGCCAAUAGUACUACAGUGGUAAAGAUACCAGGCACUCCUGGAACAGGAGGUCGUCUUAGCCCUGAAAACAAUCAGGUAUUGACCAAGAAGAAAUUGCAGGACUUAGUAAGAGAAGUGGAUCCCAAUGAGCAGUUGGAUGAAGAUGUGGAGGAGAUGCUGCUGCAGAUUGCCGAUGAUUUUAUCGAGAGUGUGGUGACAGCAGCCUGUCAGCUUGCACGGCAUCGCAAGUCCAGCACUCUGGAGGUGAAAGAUGUCCAGCUACAUUUAGAGCGCCAGUGGAACAUGUGGAUCCCAGGAUUUGGCUCUGAAGAAAUCCGACCCUACAAAAAAGCUUGCACCACGGAAGCUCACAAACAGAGAAUGGCAUUGAUCCGGAAAACAACCAAGAAAUAACACACGGAAAGGUCAGGGAAUGGACAACAAUGUAUUUGGAGAUACUUGAGCUGAGAACUCAGCCAUCUCAUCCAUGGAUUUUUUUUUUUUAAUGCUUUACAGAGAAGCAUAUAUUUUUUAUUAACAGUGCAGCAAUAUCUAUAAUGACUGAGAGGAUCUGCCAAAAGAAUAAAGCCUCCUACCCCAACUUCUGGUCCCUUUUCCCUGCCAUCUCAAAGAGGAGCAGUGUAUCUUCCAGAGAAGAUUUUAUUUGUGUUUUAUUAUAUAAGUGACUGACUAUGGGACAAAGCAUUAUGAUCUUUUUGGGUAAGACAGUAUUAGCAGGAUUUGUAAAGGGUUUUGUUUCCUUCUCCUCUCCCCUUUUCCCUGUACUUUGUAAUGUCAGUGUUUAUAUGAAUAUGACUUUCAUUUGUUUUUCCAGAAUAAAGAAGUUACUAAUC